GCCACACGGCGCAUGCGCAUGCGAACGAUUUUUCGCGCGCUCUGAUCUGAAGAGAAGAAGGAACGUACGAAUUGCGUUUAUACAUCAGAAUAAAACUCGUUGGUUUUGCAAAAAUUUCGGUCCCUGCAGUGAGCCUGAGGACUGAGGCUUCAGCAGCAGUGGGACUGGUAAUAGAGAUAACUACACGACCUUGAUGUUUGCGCCAUGGCGCCUGGCCAGGAUCAACAGUUGGAGAAGCUGGUGGAUGAGGCGCUGAGGAGCAGCCGUUUUCAGCGACUGGAUCUGUUUCUGGAGGAGGAUUCAUCCCAAUGCACUACUAUAAAAUGUUCCAAACAGUUCCUCGUCAAAGUGGACAAACUUGUAAACAGGUGUUUGGAUCAGAAGGCCACCAAACAUGCAAGUCUGUGUCUCAGCAUCCUCUACAAGUGUUGCAAGAAAUUAUCCUUUCCUGGGGACCUUGGACCAUCUGAGAUCAUCGCUCAAGGCUUUGUCAAGAAGAUGGUGGAUUGGUUUGAGAAAUGCAGGCAACUAUGGAUCAAGAGAGGCCCAAAGAGAGAUGAGGACCUGCUAACCCUGGCUGAAGACUUCUUUGAUUCAUUGAUGGCUGUCCAUGAAAUUAGCAAAGAGGCAACAUAUCAAGUCACAGAUAUCUUCCUGCAUCCAAUUGGCCAGUUGGCCACAAACCCGACAAUCUAUAUACUGAUAAAAAAAGAGGCUAUCAGAAAAUUCAACAUGGUCCUGGAUAAAAUGCCAGAGGAACUGAAAAAGGAGAAGAACUUUUCCUCAGAGGAAGCUUCAGAUGUGAUGACCAAGCUGGCCGGACAGAUAUUGGAGGGUGGUGAUUAUGACUUCCAGACGGCCCUGAUGGAGGCGCUGUGCCGAAUGGCCACUCCAGGCCAGCGGAGGGCGAUGGUUCACCGCUGGUUCAGCAUGGACUACGUGGCCAAGGCUUUCAUCGCCAUAAGAGACUCUGAGUUUGAAACGGACUGUCGCACAUUUCUGAAUCUGGUGAAUGGAAUGCAGGGAGACAAUAGAAGAGUGUUCUCCUACCCAUGUUUAGAGGCUUUCCUGGAUAAACAUGAGCUGCUGAUGCCCUCUGAUGAGAAACUGGAGGAGUUCUGGAUCGACUUCAACCUGGGAAGCCAGAGUAUCUCCUUCUACUUUGCCGUGGCCGACGAGGAGACUAAGGAAGGCCAGUGGGAUACGAUCUGCAUCACUGAGAACGAAGUCCACAGCUACACCAUCAAAGAGGACGCCUCGUGCCACGUGCUGAGGCUGAAGCUGUGCGAGGUGUUGUGUGUGGGCAACGUGGAGGGCAACUGUCUCACCGUCCGCUUCAGCCCCGCCCUGGCCGUCAUGCACGCCGUCCGCGCCGUCUACGGCGACAGCAAGAACAGACGCUUCGUUGGCAAGAGCAGCACCGUGAAGACAACCGUUAAGAUCCUCAUGGAUGAUAGCUGCUCCCAGCCCGCGGUUCCGGAGAGCCAGGUGUCUCUGACAACAGACAGAAACGUUGAACCCAGCUGGGCGGCUCCCCCUGCUGGCCCUGUACAGCUGAUAACUCCAGCCAGGAGGAGGGUCUCUGAGUCCUACACCUUCAUCAGCGGGAGUGCAGGGGGGAGUGUCCGCGAUUCCAGCCCCUACUCUGUGGUCCUACCUGCGAACACACCAAGCAGCUGGAGAGAGAACCCUGCCCUUCAGAAUGUGCGGGGCGCUGAGAGGCCUGGACCCUACCACCCCGGGGAGCCCAACGCCGCCGCCAGAACGCCAUCCAGCCACCGCACCACCCCCAGCAGCGCCAGGGCGGAGCACCUGAGAAACCAGACGGGCCGCUCGGUCAUCCCAUCAGAGAGAUCAAGGCAGAAGGUGAAGGGUGCGCAGGAGGAUGACCUAGAGCUUCUGGAGAACAGCUUUGUCCCUGACUCCCAGCCUGUCACCAAGUCAAGGGGAAGCACAAUCUCCAACUGGCAUAAGCAAUCUAUGACUGACAUGCUAAUGAUGCCCAUCCAGAGGAACAGACGUCUUUCAAGACCAGAAUCGGAGGGCAGCCUGGGGAGGCAACUGGAGCCCCCGCCCUCCGUGGACAGGGCCCAGGGCUCGGGCUCGGAGCUCUACAGCCACAAGAGGCUGCACCUGGAGCUCAGCCAGCGCCUGCAGGAGGUCAUCAACCAGAUCAGCCUGGACUCAGAGGGCGAGGAGCCGGCCGGCCCCCGAGGCAAGGGACCGCCCGCCGACAGGGGCGGUCCUCAGAAGGGGAGAGAGCCGGCGGUACGAUGCCCCCCCUCCCUCAGGGCUACCGCAGUGGCUCCGCCCCCGCCAAAGGCAGGCGUGCCGGGGUUGACCAGUAGGAAGCGGCGAGGCCAGAGUGCUCCGGAACCGGGGGUUGCUAAGGAGACCAGCGCGACACGCAAGGCCGCCCCGGCUAAAGUCCUGCAGGACAGAACCCUCAACCCCAAGGUUAAGCCUGCUGGAACGGCCUCUGCCAAAGAGAAGAAGGAUUCAGAGCUGGCGGACAGCAUGGUGAAGCUCAUCUCCAGCCGGUACAACAGCACCCCGGCCGGCAUCUCCAAGCUCCCCUCCGCAGAGCGCUCCGUGGUCACCUCGGACAGACCCCCCCUGAGCUGGGUGCCUCAGUCGUUCAACAAGUCGAACUUGGAGAGGAGCUGGUUGCCCUCCGGUCAGAAAGGCACAGGGAAAGCUGCAGACUUCAACAAGUCCCACUGCAACCCCAUGAAGCUUUCUACAGGGAGCAGAGGCGACAUUUUUUCAUUCAGGGACGAUGGAUCAACACAUAUUGGGGGCAAACCGGGCGAACCUGCAUUGGAGAGCAGCAGUAGCAUGCUUUCCUCUCGCUCCCUCUCCAGUAAGAAAGCACCGCCAGAACCUAAGGGGAAGCGCCACGUCACGAAGCACCUGUUCAGCGACACGGACACCGACCGCACCAGGACCGGUACCGACGUCAGCUGGCUGAGGGAGUCCAGCCGCAAGCCCAAGCCCAAAGUCACCGACUACACCCGGAAGGCCCCGGCCAAGACCGUCGUUCAGGCCCCCGACACCACCUAUGAAUCCCCAGAUUUACCCCUUCCAUCGGCCCAAAAGGACACCGUCAGACCACUUCAGAAGAGGCCUCUGGUGAAGGCGGCAGGGGAGCGGCCAGAGAGGCAGGCCGCUGUCCCAAGCAGAGCGGCCCCGGCAGCAGGCAGGAGGCCCCAGAGAGCCGCGGCCACUCAGGCCAAGAGCUACAGGGACCCAGACAGCGAUGACAGCCAUUCUGGGGUGGACCAGCCUCCCGCUGCCAAGAAGCACCCAUCUGUUGAGCAGCAGGCAAAGAGAGAGCGGGCGACUGAGAAAACGAGAACAAGCCUACCUUACAAACGGACUAAUCAGAAGAUAGAGCGCAAUGGUCGUGACAGCCUCACAGACAAAGAGCUGCCUGCACCCUCCAAGAAAUGCACCACAGGCAGGCGAGUCAAGAAUGAGGAGACCUGCCCCAUCAAACCUCCUGAAGCCACGCGGCCCUCCAAGACCAACCAGGGGCCCCACGUCCAGUCGGAGGCGGACCAGUCCCCCGGUCCCCAGAAACAGGCGGGGAAGAGAGCCUUCCAGGGAGCGGGGGAGACGAAGAGAGGAGGACCAGGGCUGCGUCCCAACGAGCAGAUUAGUGUCCAGAAGGCCUCGUGGACCACCCGCCUGGCCUCCCGCUCGCCCUGCCUUCCUCCCGUGGAGAAGAUGAGAUCUGCAACGACCAUGACCCCAGCCCCGGCCAUCUCCCCCCUCAGCCCCUUGGGGUCCCCGCGCCCCGCCUUCCCCGACGGCCUGCACCCCCGCGGCCGGGGGACCCCCAAACCGCCACGCCCCGUCGCCCCCGGCAACGGCGUCAGCAAGGGGGCCGCCCCCCCCCCCGGCGGGCCGAGGAAGAAGGGCUCGGCCCCGGCUCUUCCUCUGCGCUUCCUGCCGCCGCACCCCCCCGUUGAGACCCCCGUAGGUCGCCCGGCCGCACAGCGGGCCCCCAGGAGAGGCGGUGUGAGCGAGCUGAGUCCCAUCAGUCGCCCGCUGCUCUCCGCCCCUCGCUCCCCCCUGUCUCUCUGCUCCCAGGCCUCCCAGCCCAUGCUCACCUCCACGGCGCUGGACGCAGACAAGUCCCCGGCUCCUUACCCUGCUUGCGUGCAGCUCUCCCCUGCUUGCGAGGAGCCCUCCCCUGCUACCGGGGACGACCCACACGACCACGCCUUCCAUUACGGAUCCAGCAAGGUGUCGCCGGUGUCCUGUCUGACGCAGUCCUCCUCCAUGAGGUCAUCCAUAGGUGUCUUUAAGGUGGAGGUCAACACCAGGACAGUGCUGGAGAAAACACCAACUUCAACCAGGAAGCAAAAGCCUAUCCCACGACAUCAUCACGUCUCAGGGCCGACCCUCAGAAACGCAGAAACUUCAUCCAGCGGUGAAGACGAAGAGGAGCAGAUGUUGAAGAAGAAGGGCAAGAGGACGAGGCAACGCUCACCCAAGAUGAAGCCCAGAAAACUCUUCAAGUCCUCCACCAAGGUGCAGGUCGACAGCCAGAUAAGUGAGAUCCAGCUCAGCUCAGAGGAGGAGGAGGAGGAGGAGGAGGAAAAGAGCCCGGGGUUCAAAUCUGGUCCGAAAGACUACCAGGCGGACAUCAAGAGUAAGAGCUGCAGCAGGACCACUCACAACACAGCGCUGAAGGUGCCUCCCCAGGACGGGGCGGGCCGCGUGGCGUCCUCCACCCACACCCGGAUCACCAGGGAGUGGGCGGCCGAGCUGGACGACGAGGACAAAGAGAACGAGGACCCUGGCGAUGAGGAGGACGAAGAUCAGGAGGACGAAGAUCAGGAGGACCAGGAGCUGGCCGACGACGAGGCCAACGACCCUGGACACGUGGGAAACGUGUGCCAGCAGUUCAGCUCCAAGCUCCAAAAGAAGUUACAGGGUCGCUCCAGGAGGAUGGAGCGGUAUGGACGGCAGUCGGCGCAGACCGCACUGCGCCACGUCACCCACUUCGGCGCUCAAGUCAACAAAUACAGAACCCAGCACCUAGAGCAGGUCCGCCUGGUCCUCCAUGAGGAGAUCACACAGCUGGAGCAGGGGGAGUCCACACUGAAGCACAUGGAGAAGGAGCUGAAUGUGUACUGGAGAAAACAAUCCACAGCAUUCCACUCUUAUCAGGAGAAGGAGAAAAGGAGACACCAGAGGCUGAAGGACACCCUCCAGAACAACAAGACCUACAGCCUGGACCAUGAGGGGAAGCUCUUCACCUCACAGAUGGGCCUCAUGAGGAAAGACUUGAAGUGUGUCCAGGACGGACUCUUCAAAGAGAUGCAAGAGGAGGAGAUCCACAGCGUUCGACGAGGGCUCCAGUCUUUGUUCAUGCCGGAGACCGCCCUGUUCUGAUCUCCAGCCCCGGACCGUCGCCACGGUUACCGUCAGCGGAGCGCUCGCUUUUUAAAGGCAAUCCACCAACGUGUUCGUUACCAAGGCGCUGCGUUCUGCAGCCCUGUUUGUUGAUUCGGAUCCAAUUUGAAGUAGUGGUAGAGAUUGAAGGGAUGUCAGCUCGGUUUUUAGAGUGCUUAUUUAUUCUAAUCUAUUCAUAUUUAUUAACAUAUUAUUGUUAUUUAAUUUUUUUUUGGUUUUUAGUGAUGCUUGAUGUCAGUAAUGAGUUCUCGAAUGUUUUAAACCGUUUUUCCUGUCAGUAUGGAGCUUGGAGUGUGUUGUAGGAGUGUGUUGUAGGAGUGUGUUGUAGGAGUGUGAUGUAGGAGUGUGUUGUAGGAGUGUUCUCCCGGUGGGUUUUCCUCUGCGGUCCGUUAAACACUGAAGAUGACCUUGUGUGUGAACGCUGCGAGAGCAAUAAAAACCUCUCCUUCCUCGGAACCUCCCGACGGACGCGACGUAAAUAGAAA